UUUGUCCAUUAUGGAAUACAACAUAUGCAUCAGGACCACUCGAAUUGCCAUCUUUUGGAACAAAAAUACCACAACGUUGUAAAUAUUUUCCAUAAUGGUCAGAAAAUGAAUCAGAGACAUGUCGCGAGUUUGGAAGAAAAGUGGGAAGCUGUGGUCAAGUUUAAGUCUGUUGUGGUAGAUCGUGAAAGAGAUGUUGUUCGAGUGACAAAAGAACUGUAUGAUCUUCAUAGCAACAGAGAACAACUCAGGGGUGUAACAAGUAGUUGCGACUAUCGCUUGACGAUACCAUUAAUAGUCAAUCGAGGAAAACAGUAAAGGAUACCAAUCCAACUUCUUCUCUUUAUCAACUGAUGACUAUGUCAUACCCUUUAUGGCUUGGACUGAGAUGAUUUGAACUAUGGAAGAACGAUCAAUAUGGCUUUUUCAACUAUCGAUAUUCUUAUUCUCGUAUGCUAAUAUAAUGGUAACUCUCAUAGGAUACUAGGAGGAUUGGAAGGAAGCCAAUGUUUAUUUCACAAGUUUUUUAUGCUCUUUGAGAGUAUAAAGCUAUUAAACAUGGCCCAUUCUCACAUAGAUAAGAAAGUUUCUUUCAGAAUUUUCGAGAGUAGUCAUGAGAGUUCCGAGAAAUAUAGAUUGUUCAUGAAGA